AUGAGCAAAGCAUUAAAAGCUACUGUAAACUGUGAUAUGGGAGAGGGCUUCUCCUUGUAUACCAUCGGAGAUGACGAAGGUCUUAUGAAGACAAUACAUUUGGCAAAUGUUGCAUGUGGAUUCCAUGCUUCCGACUUCUCAGUCAUGAAUAAGACAGUUGCACUUGCCAAAUCCAACAACGUCCUUGUGGGGGCUCACCCUUCCUUGCCUGAUUUACAGGGUUUUGGGCGUCGCGAGAUGGCAAUUGAGCCGGACGAGCUAGAGUCCUGCUUCAUCUAUCAAGUAGGUGCAUUGGACGGGUUUUUGAAACGCUACAGCCUUCCAAUGAAUCACAUAAAACCCCACGGCUCUGUCUAUGGUCAGACAGCACGCUCUAUCGACCUUGCACGGGCAGUUGUUGGUGUCACCAAAACCUUCAAAUCUAGCGCGGCCAGUCCUCAAGGUGUAGCCUUUAUGGGACUCGCUGGAACGGCUCAUCAACAAGCUGCAGAAGAGCUGGGCGUGCCGUUCAUUGCAGAGUGGUUUGCUGACCUUGACUACAGUGAUGAGGGGAAAUUGUUGAUAACGAAGAAGCAUGAUCCAGUACCCAUUGAAGUCGUGCGCCAACGAGUGACAAACCUCCUGAGGUUCCACAAAGUUUCUACAGUCGGAGGCAAGCUGCUCGACAUUGGAGCAAACGUCGCCGAGGUCUCCAUAUGUUGCCAUUCCGAUACCCCCGGUGCAGUGGAAAUCGCCCAAGCAGUGAAAGCUUUGGUAGACGAAAGCAACAAAGAAGCCGGUUAUGUGUGA